CCGGCUGACGACGAACACCGAGGGUGGCAUCCCUCAUGAGCGCAGAUAAAACUAUUUCCGGAUGAUCGCAAAGAGAGUCGAAGAAUAUUGCGUACCCGAAGAUUAGGACGUUACUCUAUGAGCUGUUAUCUCGUGCUGCGCACUCGUCUACUUGACAAUAUUUUUGUCAAAGCGUGUGGGAGGACAAAGACAGGGGAAGUGGGUCUGAGGCGCGCAACAAAGAUAAGUCCAGGUGCCACCAUUAAUCGUCUGGCUUUGUCCCUUUGCACAGACCUACUUAAAAGCAAUCUGGACUAUGAUAGUUACCCACUGCAUCCAUUCCCGCUUCUCCUUCCGCGAUGAACGGACUAGGCUAUCCUACUUCUUACCAAUCUGGUGCGAGCCAGCUUGUCCCUGCGAAUUCCUCGAUAUCUUUCACGAAUCAUUCAGCACCAGCAUAUGGAGCAGCCAUGAAUGUUCAGAUUCAAGCACCUGUUCCCGAAACAUUUUCUACCUUACGGUCGCCUUCAGGCUGGAGUGCACCAUCGAGACAAACCAGCCGCCCGUGCCGCUGUGGCCGCGGAAGGUGUAGGUGGCAAUUCUCCUACCCUAUCCGAAUGAUGAUCGCUGUCUACAAAGAAUUACCGUUCCAACCGCAAUCGCAAGGAUCUUGCCCGCACCCACGGAAACUCAGCAUAUAUCAGAAAGAGACGUUCCUGGUGUCGCAGAACGGUCCCGAAGUGAGCUUCCUGAAAACGUUCGAGAGCCCGCUGUAUCGGUUCAGCCGGAACAAUGCUCAGCGGAGGCAACUUUUCCUCAGGUGCGAGCCCUGGGUUGAUGCAGACAGGGUCGAACGGGACACGGUGGUGUGUUUAGGAUGCAGGUGU